CACAGCAGCCCGCCCCCUCCCCGUCGAAAUUAAAAGAGAGAGCGAGAGAGGGGAGGAUUGACGCCGGAGCUGUGAUCUUUGCAGUAACGGACACCAUUUUGUGGCUAGCGGCUUCCUGACUUGGGCAGCAGCCCCGGGAAUUGCUGCAUGCGGAGGAGAGCUCGCCAGCCACCAGGGGAACCUGUUGGGCGUCGCGAUCGGGAAGUAGCCCAGCUGCGGCACUUCGCCCUGGAAUUGGGGAUUGCAGCAGCGUCCCUGGGAAUCGGAUCGUGCGCGGCGGCGGCAGCAGCCUUGGGAGGAGGGAAUUUGGAGCCUGUGCAGCAGAAGCAACCGCAGAGGCAGCAGCAGCAGGAGGCGGCGAAGGGGAAUAGGAAUUGGACCUUGCGCAUCCCCAUUCCUGGGUGGAGGCGGAGGAGAUUUGCACCUUUGCGUCAACGACAGGAAGAGAAGGGGAUCUGGACCUUUGCAACAGCAGCGUCCCUGGCAGGAGGAGGAGGAGGUGAAAGCUUGCUUGCAUUUUUUUUUAUUUUAUUUUUUCCUUGCAGGGCAGGAGCAUGUUGGGCUCGAUGCAGAUCCCCUUCCCUCCUCUCCGCUGACUCCAGUCGUGGUGGGGCGAUGAUGGAUACUUGCCUGCUUGUUCUCACUUCCCACAAAAGUAAGCCCGCUGUCAAUGGAGGAGGACAUUGAUACCCGCAAGAUAAACAACAGUUUCCUGCGCGAUCACAGCUAUGCAACAGAAGCUGACAUUAUCUCUACAGUAGAAUUCAACCACACAGGAGAAUUACUAGCGACAGGGGACAAGGGGGGUCGCGUUGUAAUAUUUCAACGUGAGCAGGAGAGCAAAAAUCAGCCCCAUCGCAGGGGAGAAUAUAAUGUUUACAGCACAUUCCAGAGCCAUGAACCUGAGUUCGAUUACCUGAAGAGCUUAGAGAUAGAGGAGAAGAUCAAUAAAAUACGAUGGCUCCCACAGCAAAAUGCAGCCUACUUCCUUCUCUCCACCAAUGAUAAAACUGUGAAACUAUGGAAAGUUAGUGAGCGAGACAAGAGACCUGAGGGCUACAAUCUUAAAGAUGAAGAUGGGCGGCUCCGGGACCCCUCCACAAUUACAACGCUACGGGUACCCGUGCUAAAGCCCAUGGAUUUAAUGGUGGAGGCAACUCCCAGAAGGGUUUUUGCAAAUGCACACACAUAUCACAUCAACUCCAUAUCUGUGAACAGUGACUAUGAAACCUACAUGUCAGCAGAUGACUUGAGGAUAAACUUAUGGAACUUUGAAAUAACCAAUCAAAGUUUUAAUAUUGUAGAUAUAAAACCAGCAAACAUGGAGGAGCUGACGGAAGUGAUUACAGCUGCAGAGUUCCAUCCCCACCAUUGCAACACCUUUGUCUACAGCAGCAGCAAGGGGACAAUACGGCUGUGUGACAUGCGGGCAUCCGCUCUGUGUGACAGGCACUCCAAAUUUUUUGAAGAGCCUGAAGAUCCAAGUAACAGGUCAUUUUUUUCUGAGAUCAUCUCAUCAAUUUCUGAUGUCAAGUUCAGUCACAGCGGGAGGUACAUCAUGACCAGGGACUAUCUUACCGUCAAGGUGUGGGACCUGAACAUGGAGAACAGGCCUAUUGAGACAUACCAGGUUCAUGAUUACCUCCGCAGUAAGCUGUGCUCCCUCUAUGAGAAUGAUUGCAUUUUUGAUAAAUUUGAAUGUGUAUGGAAUGGGUCUGACAGUGUCAUCAUGACCGGCUCCUACAACAAUUUCUUUAGAAUGUUUGACCGCAACACAAAGCGGGAUGUGACCCUGGAGGCCUCGAGGGAAAACAGCAAACCCCGCGCCAUUCUGAAGCCCCGCAAAGUCUGCGUGGGGGGCAAACGGAGAAAAGAUGAAAUUAGUGUGGACAGUCUGGACUUUAGCAAAAAGAUCCUGCAUACAGCUUGGCAUCCUUCAGAAAAUAUCAUAGCAGUGGCAGCUACAAAUAACCUGUAUAUAUUUCAGGACAAAGUUAACUAGACGGAAAAAGAUAUUCCUUAGGAAUCUUAUGUACUGAAUACUAGCAAACUCAAGUUUUUACAUGUUUCUUCUGUUUUCUCUUCCUCCUCCUCUUCCUCCUCCUCAUUUUGUUUUGUUUUGUUAUUCCUCUGCAGACAUUACUUAUGUAGAGGUAAGCACUCAGAUUCCCAUGUUCAUUGCUUUCCCCAAAACAUUAAGAAAUUGGGUUGGCAAAGCCCAUUAGGAACAUUUGACUUCUAUGUGUUGAAAAAUACCAAAUUACACCAUUACUUCAAUAACAAGCUUGACUUAUUUAUGCAUUUAUUUUUCUCAGUUUCACUAGUGGUUUUAGUUUCUUUUAAAAUUUUGCUCUAGUCAUCCAUCAAUUUAUAAUAAAGUUAAAAUUAUAGUACUAUAUAUACAAAAACCAUCCAUCAUGACUAUAACACAGGGAUGUAUUUUAUUUUAAAAUUAAGCAAACCUGUUUUGAUUAUGGAGCUUUUCCUUUUGAUUUACCUCAACCCCACAUUCCCAAAUGGGAUUUCAAUUUCCUUUUUCAGUCCAUUCUUUGUAAUGUUCCUGUUUUCCAUUUUAACUGGCAGAUUCCUUUUAUCAACUCAGGGCCUUUCCAGAUGUUAAUUUAUUGUGCAUAUUUAUCACACAAUAAAUGUACUGCUAUAAUUCAGUUUUUGUGAGAGUUACACAUGUCCUUUUGCCCCUGCUAGCACAUCUAUUGGAAACCCACAAAAUUUUGGUCUGGGGAAAUGCAAUUUCUACCCCACACUUCUCAAACUAGAUAAUCCAUUUCAUUGCACCCAGAGAUAUGGAGACGUUCCCUGGUCCCGUGCGCUCUUCCAAGGUGGCAAACCAGCCUCACCGCCGAGGAAGGUGGCGAGCGGCUCGAUUUCUGAAGUGUAUGGUGUAUGCUGAUUACAUAGAUGUCAUGGAUCCUAGCCAAUUGGUUAUCUGACAUCACUAGUGAGUAGUGGCUACUUCUUCAUCCUGGCCACAGUAUUAACUUAUUUUUUUGAGGGCAUGAUCCAGACAAAGUUAAACAUUUUAAAGUGCCAUUGUUUUCAAUGGGAAAGAAUUAAUUAUGUAUUUAACUCUUCCAUUUCAAUCAGUAGUAUGUACAAAAAGUAUGUUUGGUUGGAUCAUGCUCUGCGUAUAUCAGCAGCUGAAUUCUCCCUCUAUGUGCAUUCAUCAUAUAGCCUUUUAAAAAGAAAUUGAAAACACAAAAACUCUGGAAAACACCAACAGGCUAUCCCUAUUCCUGUCCCACACAGACACACACACAUACAGUGAGCAGUGUCCCAGUCCACAGAUGCUGUGACCUUCCCUUCUUCUUUUCUUUAAAAUUAAUUCUAAUAUGCCCACUCUUCCACUCCAGUGCUGGAGCACAAAUCUGUCCUUUUUUAUGUUUAAAAAACAACAACAACAAAAACUAUUGGCAAACAUACAACACCCCACCACCCAGCUAUUCUGCUUGUAGCAGGGCUGCUUUCUCUCCCAUUGCAAGUGGACAGGAUACUAUAUUACUAGUGUUGGAUUCAGGCUAGCAUUAAGAGGAAGAAAGCCUCUUUUUGAAAUCUGGAAAGGCCCUUGGACAGGAAAAACAAAGACAAGUCAGAAAGGUUUGCAUAGGAACAUUAGACUCAUCAUUCAUUAAGAACCAUGUACACUGUUGAAGGUUGUUCUCUUCAUCACAUCCCACAAAUGGCCUCCAUACUGGCUGUGUUGAUCCUGUGGUGCCUUUUGCUGGUAUACAAAAUACCUUGGAAACAAUGCUUCCAAAUUGCAAUUCUUGCAAACCAAAAUGAAUCUGAGCUUUCUUCUGCAAUUCCUGUUUUUCUUCUUCUUCUCUCUCUCUCUCUCUCUCUUUUUUGCUUUGGCCAAGAGAGCUCAAAAUUGUUCUCUUUUAAUCUCUUGCAUGUCAUAAAUAUGUAUUUGUGUUUUUUCUUCCUCUUUUUAGUUGUGUAUUCUCCCCCCACCCUGUAUAACUUAUUUAUUUAUUUAUUCUAAUGCCCCUCCUUCUUUUGAAAAAUGAACUCUCAGUUGCUAAUUGAUGGCAUUUGAAACAAAUAGUAACAACCAAACCAACAUAUAUUUGCUAUUAUCGCCUGGCUGCUUUCUAAGAGAGGUUGUCCGUGGUUCUGCAGUAUGAAGAUUAGCUACAAUAGCUCUCCAUCUUUGCAUGGUAAACUGUUCUGUUCUACUCCAAGGAUAAUCCAGGUCCCUCCCUACAAUUGAUCAGUUUGGGGGGGAAACAUUAAAAAGAAAAUACAAUCAGAGAACAGACCCUACAAGAAAUAAAGUCAAUACUUUCUCUGACACAGUGGAUAUCUGGAAAUCAAUGUGCUGUGCAUUUUCUCCGAUUGCGAAAAGUGGAGCUUUAGCUCCGAUCUUUGUGAUUGUUGCCAUGAAGCAUACAAGAAUUUCUGAGUGCACUCUCCAAUAAAGAAUGAUGGAAAGCCCAGCCUUUCCUGUGCUGGCCUACCAAGUUUUACACCUCAUAAAUGAGACUGUGACUGCAGCUUUCUCAAGAGACAAAAUUCCGCAAGGCUGCACAGAAAGUGUGUGUGUGGGGGGGGGACAUUGGUAUAAUAGUUCUGGGGGAAAGAGGAAGUGUUCAGAUCUUUGGAGCCAAGCUUUUAAUUGUUAUUAAACUACUUAAUACCCUGUCUGCUCCUCACGAGACUGCUCAGAAUGGGGGGAAAUUAGAAAUUUUGCCUUGUUUAAAGGAAUGACUACAGGAAAACAAGUAUGCUGGCUUAUAAAUUUAUUACAAGUAAUGGCUUUCAGGAGUAACCUCUUUUUAAAAAAAAAUGAAAUGAUAAAAAAAUGGCAGGAGUAAAUGAGUCAUUUUUCUAAAAGAAAAAAGAAAAAAAGUCAUUUUUCUGCCUGUAAAGAAAGCCUGCACUCUGGUAUCAGAAGUAAAAUUGUCUCCAAGAUGCUCUGGUGUGGAGUUGCUAUUUUCCAAAUGCUGAGAAAUUCAACCUAAAACAAUUGGAAGAAUGCCCACUGGAAGACUCAAAGGGCUUCUUCUCACCAAGAACAUAAUUGAGAUUAAUAGCUUCCUACUUCCCUUUAGUCUCAUGUUUGUUUCUAUGAAGAGAAAUAAAGGUGGCCACUUUUAAAGGGUAUGGGGGAGAUUACUUUACUGAAUCAGCCCAAGAGUAAAGCCCUGUUCAGACUUUAUGUUGUAUGAAUGUACAGAUGUCUGUACACUCGUACAUCUGUUUGUAUGACUGAAUGUACCUGCUUUCAUUUUAAAAGUGAACCUGGAUACAGGACCUCAGAUGCAUGGUACAGGUAGGAAAUGUACUGCUGUACUUGUGUUCAACAUAAUAUGUGAAUAACUACUUGUGUGAUAGCCCUGUACACAGCACAUGUACUGUACAAGUGUUCAACAUAAUGUCUGAACAGGGCUUAAUAUAGUUCAGCAUUCAGCAUCCAACCAGAGGCCCCUAGGGGAACUCACAAGCAGGACAUGGAACGUUACACUCUUGCCCUGUUUGUCACCAGCAUCCUAGUACUCAGAGGUAUAAUGCCUCUGUGAAGGGUGGUUAGAAGCCGAGACAUUGCUUUUCCCUGGGAUCCAGAGAGUCCCUUCUGAUGUAUGCAGAGGCUUUCCAGAUCUUUCCCCCACCAGGAGUUUCUUUCAUUGCACUGUCACUCAUGAGUUUAAGAAAUGGCUUCUCAAACUGUGUGCAGCUGACAGACUAGUAGAAGCCUCACCACAUGCAGAGAGCUUACAGCACAGUCCUUGUGGGUCAUGUCUUGGGGGUCGGUCAUGUCUUGGGGGUCGAUCCUUAGUGGCACCUGCCACUGCCCAGGCAUUCACCCUGUGUUUCAGUUUCCAAGUUGCCUCCCGUAAUCCUUUCCUUUUCAAGGGGCUUCCAGUGAGCGUAGCACACAUAAGCACUCAGGGACUAUGCACCCCGCCUUUGGAAACUAUAUCUGGGCAUACGGUGGAAAAGAAUGGUGCCCGUGGGGGGCGGGGAGGGGGGCUCCUAGUUCAUGAGGGUGAGGAACAAACAUCUUCCUUCACACAAUCUACAGCAAUGCUCAGUCUUUGGUGCAUACAGCCCAACUCCUCUCCAUAGGCUAGCUUACAGCAGAGCUUAACAAUAACAUUUGGUACGAAGAGUCUUUCUAACUUCAGCCUGGAUUAUCAGAUUCAUCAGGGGAUGUUCAUGCAUUAGGGGCAUGUUUCUAUUCAAAAGCGUCAAAACCUUUUCCCUUCCGUACUUCUCAGCACCAACACUCCUCCACAGCGUAGAGGCAUAAUUCUGGACAUCUCUGCUGCUGCUGCUGCAUCCUCUCACAUUCUGCUAAUGUUUGCCUUUGGCCACGGAUUGAGUUGUACUCAUCUGUGUUACAGAUUAGUAUGUAACUGUGUUACAGUUAGGCAGCAGAACUGCUCAGGCUACGCCCAUGGGUACAGCACCCAUUGGACAAGCAGGGACAAAUGUCCUCAAGGGGCCCCCCAAGCAGAACACCCCGCUGCCGCCCCUGCCCAACCACCACUUCUUAUCUUGGCCUCCAGGGGUGGCAGAGGGGCACUGUGACUAUCGGGCCUCUCUGGCUGGCCUGUGCAGUUCGAUUAUGGGUGUUGCAUGCCUGUGAUGUCACAGUUUGGCCAAAGAGGCACCGUUCAGCCGGUGAGGGGCACAGGCUGGCCGGAGAGGCCUGACAGCCGCCCCCCACCGCCACCACGGGGGCCAAAAUAAGAAGCAGCAUUGGGGCAGUGGCAUCGGUGGUGGCCAACAGGAGAGCAGUGGGGAGAUGUUGGUUGGUUCGUCCUUUGCGUCUGACAUCAGAUGCAGGGGACAGGGCUUGGGGCGCUGGGUGGGCCCCCCUGCCAAGAUUUUGUCCCCUAGCCCCCAGAGGUCUCACUACGCCCCUGGCUAAGCCCUUGAAAAGGCUCCUCUAAUGUAUAAUAUUUCAGAGAGAUGGGAAUCAGCAACGAAGAGACUUGGGGAGGGGAAAGAGUAGACCUACAGAAUGCCCAAGGCAUUGUUUGGAAAGCAGACCAAAGUGGUUUCAUUCUAUAGCAGAAGGAAAGCUUCAGUGAUGAAAAAACUGGCACAUUAAAGGGCAACACAUAGUCAGUGGCUUACAUACUGUGCAGCAUCCUGCAGGUGUUUGCACUCAGUAGCACAAGAGUGCUGCUGCACAAAUGCCAAGCAGAGUUGCAUGAUGGUAUGGCCAUUGAACGCCUGUGGGAUGCUGCACAGUAUGGAAACCAACAUAUCUGAAGGGAAGAAAGAUAUUUAAAGACCAUGGCCAACAUGUUGCGCAGUGAAAUGCAGGCAGUACUGAAGAGCACUCUUUUACAGAUAUUUAAAUUGGCACAAUUCCAUUUCCAUUGCACUACUUACAUUGGCCAGCACAAUGCGCAGUGGUGUGACACUGCUUCAAACUGUGUCAGGGCUGCUGUGAACUCACAAGUCAGCCACGACCCUGUAGAGAAUGUUGCACAAACAGUGCUGAUGCAGUUACUCCCAUUGUCCUGAAUGGGAAUAACUAUGGCAGUACUGCUUAUACAACCCUGCACAUUCCCUACAGUGUUGGGACUGCCUUAUGGGUCCACAGCAGCCCUGAUGCGGUUUGCUGUACUGCUGCACGUCAUGUAAGUGGAAGUGUGGUCAUGGCAGUUUAACCAUUUGCGCAAGAGCACUCUUGAGUAAGUGCACUGGUGGGUUGGGGGGGGGCACUUGUAGCAGUGUGAGUGGUUCAGAACUACCCAUGUUUCACUGCACAGCAUGUUAGCCAGUGGCAAAGUUGCAUUAACACAAGAAAAUCUCAUAGUUGUGCUUUAAAAAAAAGGAGAUGUGCGGAAUUGCACCCUAGUGCUAUUGCGCAUAGGUUUCCUUUACAACAAAUGAGGUGUGUUCGGUAGUCUGGACACAAGCUCCCACGGUGCAAGUAACUAGCACAACAGCCUCUGCAAGUACUUCGUUAGGAUGUGAGCCAUCACUUCGUGGCAGGAAUCCAGCAGCCCAUCUCUUGGGUAAUCGCUAGUCCUGUCUGCCAACAGUAUUAUAAGAAUUAUUUUGCAGUUUUAAAUACAAUAUGAUCUCAUCCAUCAACUUACUGACUGAGCUAAUUGAUAUGUAGUGUUAGAAAGACCACACAUCUGUAACUAGCAUGUGUUUGAACUAGUGAGAGGGAUUUGUCCAUUAUUCUGGUUGAGAUUAGUUUGAAGAUUUUACAGGGCUAUACAACAGCGUUCAGGCCAUGAGCUGCCAAAACUUGCUGGUGUCACACUCUGCUUGUAGAUAACUACUUAAAGAAGUUGCUGGGUUGAAUAGUAAGGCUCAGGAGCAAGAGCUCCCAGGCUGUCUGACGGGGAUGUACCCAUUUACAUCUUGUGUAUUGCAACUUCUGAAAAAUCUGAACUUUGACCAUAUUGGCACCCGAAAUUCUGUUUCAGUGUUGUAUGAGUGGAUGAUUCCCUAAAUGUAUUGGUCAGGGCCUCAAAAGCAUCUAACAAAGAUUUGAUGAGCGUAUUAGGUAUCAGUCCUGGACAGGCAAUAUUUGAGGUAGUAGUAGGAUCAUUUCUCAGACACUUGCCUUAUUUCAGAAAUGCUUCAGAGAUCUCCAAGAGGUGUAUUAAGGGAGGACACCCAUUCCUCUUAGGGCUGUCUUAGUGCAGUAUGUGUGUGAGAUGUGGCAUGAUUCAUUGUUGAAGGCAGCCUAUUGGAAUACCAUAAAGUGUACCCAAAGCUGACAGCUCACAAUCAAUAUUGUGUGCACUGAUGCAGCAAGCAACAUGAUCACAUCCUAGAUAUUACCCCCACAGCCCAGCCUCGGCACUAAAUAUCUCCAAUAACAAGGCUAUGUGAAGUGACAAGGGCUAUUAUUUUUAACCCACAGUCUAAACCUCUCUGAAAAGCUGAGCUGCCAAAAUUUUGCAUUGGAGUGUAUCAGGGGCAGCCUUUUCAGCCACCUCGUAAUCCCACAUCAGGAGUCAAACACUUGCCUAACACAGCCAAGAUUGGCAGUUCUAUUUAGUUGGCUUGCCAUACAGCAUGUUGGUUGAUGAGAGAGAUGAAAUGUGGGGUUUCUUUUAUGGUGUUUGUAAUCAUCUUCUAAAAGAUGGAACUUUGAUUUCAAUGUAUCAGGGAAAAUGUACUCUAAUAAAUUAAACCUUCUUCUCCCA